UAUACAGCAGUGCAUCUUGGGAUAAAGAAGGUGUCGUUGUACUGUUGUGGAAAGUCCUUGGACGUGAGAUGAAUUUUCUUGCCCACAAAUUUUCGAGUAUCAUUUUAAAAAACUACUAGUGGGUAAUCAAAUUGUUAACAAACUACACUGAGGUCGUGCGUGAGCCAUAUCGAGAAAUGGGUGCUGAUAAAAGGAUUAGUCGCACAGAACGUAGCGGUAGGUAUGGCUCUGACCAGCCCCGUGAUGAAUCGGACUGGCGCGUCAGACGAGAGAGGGACCAAGAGCGUGACCACAACAUGCGCCGCUGGGGCGACGAGAGACGUAGUGAACGUUUCGAAGGAGAACGUCGAGGAUCAAGAGACAGUCCAGAGCAAAGAGAAGGAAGGAAACGACGUAACAGUGAUAGAUCAGAAGAUGGUUAUCACUCCGAUGGAGACUACCCAGAACAAGAUUACAGAAGGGAGCCUGGGGAGGAGAAGAAGAGCAAGACCAUCAUGCUCUGGGGUCUGUCACCUCAUGUCACUGAGGAUGAUAUUCGUUUUGCCAUAGACCAACUGGAGGGGCCGCAGCCAGUGGAUGUCAGGCUGAUGAAAAAGAAAACAGGUAUAAGCCGUGGUUUCGCCUUCGUGGACUUUUAUCACUUGCAAGAUGCUACACGAUGGAUGGAGACCAAUCAGAAACGUCUGACCAUCCAAGGCAAAAGCGUAGACAUGCACUACAGUCACCCCAGAAACAAGUAUGAAGACUGGCUCUGCAACACUUGUGGCCUGUACAAUUUCCGGAGGAGGCUGAAGUGCUUCAGGUGUGGAGCAGCCAAAGCUGAAAGUGAAACCAGCAAUAAUACUGGAGUCUCUGAAACUCAGCCUGGUGGAGAUUUCUACGGCGACACAAUCAUCCUGAGAAAUAUUGCUCCUGUUACUACCGUAGAAGCCAUCAUGACAGCCCUGGCACCAUAUGCUAAUCUUUCAUCAAACAACAUUCGCCUCAUCAAGGACAAGCAGACGGGCCAGAACAGAGGCUUUGCCUUUGUACAGUUGUCCUCUCCUCUGGAGGCCUCUCAGCUACUAACCAUCCUACAGGGACUGCAGCCUCCUCUAAAACUGGAUGGAAAAACAAUUGGGGUGGAUUAUGCUAAAAGUGCUAGAAAGGACCUUUUGCUACCGGACGGGAAUCGUGUCAGUGCCUUCUCUGUGGCCAGCACAGCCAUUGCUGCAGCCCAGUGGUCCUCCACUCAGCCACAGCAGAGCUCCGAGGGAAUGUCGGAGUACAGCUACCUGCAAGAAGGCUAUGCUCCGUUGUCACAGGACUACCAGAUCUACUACCAACAAGGAGCAGGAGCCAGCACCUCACAGGGAAAUGGUAUUCUAGGAGCUGCCCCGGGUGUAAAAAUUGUUCCCACUGCAGCUGGAGUUGUAAUCUCACAGACUGCACAAGUCUACCAACCCCAUAUAAUUGCGCAGCCUGCUGUUCAGGUAUUGUCACUUGCCCAGCAAUUGGAGGCAAACACCCAGACAGGACAUUUUUCUGGCAUUGAAGCUGCGUCUGUGCCUGUUACCUCUGUAUCUGCUGCCACUGUUACCACUGCCGGUACAUUAGCAGCCUCAGGACAGACGGCUGACACGGCUGUGAUUCCCGAUACAUCCACAUAUCAGUAUGAUGAGUCCUCUGGCUACUAUUAUGAUCCUCAAACUGGCCUCUACUAUGACCCAAACACUCACUAUUACUACAACUCUCAGACCCAGCAGUAUAUGUACUGGGACAGUGAGAAGCAGACAUACGUACCUGCCCCAACCGACACAAACGCUGGACAAAAUGAUAACGCAGGUGGCUUUGCAGCAGCAGGCAGCAAAGAAGGCAAGGAGAAGAAGGAAAAGCCCAAAAGCAAAACUGCUCAGCAGAUUGCUAAAGACAUGGAGCGGUGGGCUAAAACUCUCAACAAGCAGAAAGAGAACUUCAAGAGUAGCUUUCAGCCUAUUAGUCAAGAAGAGAGGAAGGAGGCAGCAGCUGCUGAUGCUGGUUACAUACUGUUUGAAAAGAAGCAGGCAGGAGGUCUAGACAGACUCAUGCCAGAGUUAACAAGGGGCCCUGAGGAGGAGCCACCAACCAGCUCAGUCAACACUUCCAAGUGUGGCCUUGUGGCAGCCUACAGUGGAGACAGUGACCCUGAGGAGGGGGGAGCUGAGCCUGAUGGUGGAGAAGGAGGCCAGGACAAGCUGACAGACUGGACAAAGUUGGCGUGCUUGCUGUGUAGGAGACAGUUUCCGAACAAAGAGAGUUUAAUUCGACAUCAGCAGCUCUCCGACCUCCACAAGAAAAACCUGGAGGUUCUCCGCAGAUCCAAAAUGAGUGAAGCAGAGCUGGAAGAGUUGGAGAAAAGAGAGACUGAGAUGAAAUACAGAGACCGGGCAGCCGAGCGGAGAGAGAAAUAUGGCAUUCCUGAACCUCCGGUGCCCAAAAAGAAGAAACCAGCUCCAGUCAUUAACUAUGAACAACCCACUAAAGACGGCCUUAACAGUGACAACAUUGGGAACAAAAUGCUGCAGGCUAUGGGAUGGAAGGAGGGUAAAGGUCUCGGUCGCAACCAGCAGGGCAUCACUACACCGAUUGAGGCCCAGUUGAGAACAAAGGGAGCCGGACUUGGCACUAAAGGCACCAACUACACCCUCUCUGCUUCAGACACGUACAAAGACGCAGUCCGCAAAGCCAUGUUUGCUCGCUUCACUGAAUUGGAAUGAGCUGUUAGUGUCGAGCUCAAAAGGAUUUAUCAACAGUCUAAAUGAUUUGCUUCUUUUUGAGUCAUGACCAGUAAAUUGGGAUGGAAGCAAGAGCAGGGUCUCCUUUUAAUGAUUUCACCUCAUGUAUGAUACAUGAUGAUUAUGCCUCUUGCCAUAAUGGUGAAACCAGACAAUAGAAAGAAUCUGUAAUGGAGGCAUAUUAAGAUGGUGAAUAAUAUAAUUUAUAAAUUGUAUAUAGGCAUAGUAAAUUUACUUCCCUUGUUUACAUAUUUCUUCUGUGUUAAUGCCAUUUUUUUUUCUAUCUCAGCAUGUUAGAGAUUGUACAGUUUAUACAAAAGGUUUGUACAGAAAAUAAAUAAAAAGUGACAUGAUG